CGACGUCAGGUUGAGUACAGUCAAGAACAAGGAGGAGGAGCCUCGCGUACAUAAACAAGUCCAGACUGUACAUCGACGGGAGCGACGGCGACACAAUAAAGACAGAAUAGAGGCAUUUUAGGCUGGGGGAAAAAAAGCAAAGCUGACAGCUUACAAGAUAACAGUCUGACAAAGCCAUAACAGAAAAUGAUAAGUAGAAUACUUGCACAGCUGCUGGGAAGCGAAGAGAAAGACAGUGAUAAUGCAGAAGAAACUGAUAACUGUGCGAACCUCCUCGAGUUUGAUGAAGGAGAAUGGGUUGUUAUAAAGAUACAUGAAAAUCUGUCACUUGGUUCCGCUGACACAAACAGUCUUGAGAACCUGUUGAUCGAGCACCCCAGCAUGUCUGUAUACCAGAUGAAUCCUGAUCAGGAAGAGCUCGGCUCAGAUGAAGAAACAGAGGACAAGCCUAGGCCUGUGCCAAUCAGACGUCACGUUUCUUGGCGGUUAGCUGCAUGGGGCAGCCCUUUACCCUGCAGCACCAUUCUGCUCUCAGUGCAGCGUGCCAGAGUCUAUAAUGAGCACAGAAAGCUGACCCGUGGUGCCCUCAACAGACAAAACCUCACUAGAACACGCUACUCACCUUCAGAGCGCAGCUAUGGCUACUACAAACAGCCCACUCAGCGCCUGCACAACUAUUGAGAAAAAUCAGUUGCAUCUGAAACCACUGAACAACCAGCCUUGUGAUGAAUUAAUAGUCGCUUUUAGGGGGUUUGUUUGCAAAUCAUGCCAUGAAACCAUUCCCCUGUGAGACCAGUAUGGAUUACGAAAAACCGUUUUAUUAAAUGCAGUGUGGUAUUUUAUUAAGGAGAAAGUUUUACUGAUAGUCUGACACUGAAAUAAGUACGAAAAGCAUGUGUUUAAAAACCAUUAUUAGUUUAGGAUUUUAACGUUUUUAAACCGUGUAAUGAUGUUUGUAUGCAUCUAUUUUAGCUUAGCUGUGACUGGUGCAUGAAUAUUAACUGAAAGAAAAAAAAAAACAUUCAGUUUUGAAGCC